AUGCCAAAUCACGAUAUGAAGUUUUCUCUUAACGAUUUGAAGAUGACAAACGUUAGGUCACUCGAGAUUGCUGGCCCAGCUUUUGAAGUGGAAGACCUAAACCGUUAUUUCAAGUUGUGGAAGCAGAAAAAAUGUAAUUCUCGAUUGGAAUAUUUGCAAGUGGCGACAAUGGGAUGUGAAAGGAGGAAACUGAUAAAUCUCCUUCUGAAAGGACUCAAAGUUGGUAUAUAUUGUUACUUUGGAACAGAGCAAACAUUCCGGGUAUUGGGGAAUAUAAAACAGUUUAUUUCGGAGAUUGAGGAUGAGAGGCCUACUUGGGAAACUGAAAUAACAAGAUCGGACGGGAGAACAGCAACAAUCAGAAUUGGAUCUCAUGGAACGGUUUGUUUCUACGUUUGGCCAGAAUCUACUGAUGAUACAACAAAUAUUGAGCCAAAUCAAUCUUCAUUCAUGCGUAAAUUUUCUUUUAUUUCUAAUUUCUACAAUUCAUUUAUUGAACGUUUCAAAUAA